CACCAUCGCUUACGCAAGUCAUUGAUGCCUUGCACAUGUAGCCACAGCCAUCCAUCCAUCCUUCCAUCCACCCACCACACAUCCACCGGUCGGUCGAUUCGAUGGCUGGCUGGCCGUCUGUACCGUCCACACAUGUAUACCCCGAGGGAAAGUGACAACUAAGCAUAAUCGGUCCUUCUCAAUCUCGUUUUCAAUCCACACUCGCGCGGACGCACAGAGCGUCGUUUCUCAAUUAGGCAUGAGGUCAGCACGGACAGGGAGAGACCAGAGGGCAUGCAAGUAGGUUGACUGAUUGCUUGAUCAGUCUGUAGCACAGUGAGACAGCAAACGACGAUACGGCAGAAAUCAACGAGAACAAAUAGACCAGUCUGGUGAGUACGGAACACCGUCUUGUCCGCCUGACAUGGACGUGCCCGACAAAGCAACAGGAAAAGCCCCUCAACUCCACACCCAUCCCCUGUACUGAAACAUACCUACCCAUCAAUUAAUCGACCACCCGCCCCCACAGUGGUACGUCAUGCAGUCAGUCUAUCUGACUGUCUAUCUGUCAAUCUGUCAGACUCGUAUGUACACCCGCAAGCGACCGCACUCACCCUUUACUGAAACACCGAUCCGAUCUGCUCUCAAGCAAGACCCACCCCAUCCCAUCCCACCCCAUCCCACCCCCUCCCCUCCCUCCCUCCAUGCGAUGCGCUCGACCGACCGACAACUACGAAUGGAAUGCACCAUCCCACCGCCCCGCCCUCAGUCUCCCCUACUUUGGCUGCUCCUUCCUACUCGAGAAUUUGGAUGGCAGCGUGUCGCCAAGCAGCUGCACUCCUCUGAUCUUCUUUUUCGGCUUCCCCACCUGCCCGCCUGGCGGCCCCUCAGCCUCGAGGUCGAUGUAAAUGGGUGAGGGCAGUCCUUGCCCUUCACGUGGCUGAGGGGCUGCUGCUGCUGCUGCUGCUGCGGGGGCCGGCGACUGCUGCUGUUGGGGCACGACGCGACGACGAACGGGGUCCCUGGCCACCAGUGCAUCUGAGGGGCCGGCUGCUGCUGCUGGUGGUGGUGGUGGGUGCGACCUGUGGGGAUGGGGAGAGGGGGACUGUUCGGCUGCUCCGACGAUGCAGUCAUCGGGCGACUCACCCCUCACUCCCCCCAUUCCCACGACUGGCGCCCUACUGCGGCCAUCGGGCUGCGGAACACCACGUGGGUCACCACGGUGUCGGACUGACGGACGCCACGCGGGCACGUUGCGGCUGUCAUCGUCCCACUUGUCAGGCCCACUCCAGCGGUCAGGCUGCUCCUCUCGGCGUCGCUUCUGAGGCAAGACAGCAGCAGCAGCCGCAGCAGCAGCGGCAGGAGGCGGCAAUGGAAACACGUCCAUGUUACCAUCCGCCGGCUCGUGUGCUGAUGGUGGGGGCGGGAAUGGGGCAGGUCCAGCUGCUGCUGCUGCGGCGGCGGCGGCGGCGGGGACUGGUGCCAACGCCAGGCCAGCCGUGAUGACGAAUUGCUGCUCGUGGUCGCUAGGAUGGUGGCGGGGCCGCGGCAGCACGUCAAAGACAGGUCUGGCGAUGCUCUGGGCCGCUGCAGGGGGGACGCAGUCACUCACUGCACACACAACAGACGCAGAGGGAAUGGAAAUGGCACCAUGAUGCGAGAGUCUUGGGUACCUACCCAUCUGUUGGACUUUGACAUCCUUGAACUGAGAGAGGCCCCUGGCGCCGAUCAGGGCGUCUUGGCUGUCCCACUUGAUGACACUGCACACCAUACAUCCAAACAUCAACGUGAUCAGCAAAUCGCCUGCGCGUCCCCUCCAGCUUACGGGGGUAUCUUCAUGUUCGUCCCCUCCAGCUUCAAAUCCGUGUUGAUCACUGUUUUGAGCGGCUGGUCGAGCGACUGGACCUGCUUGGAUCCGGUAGCAGCAGCCAUCUCUGGGCCAUCCAAACCACAACCACAUCACAACAUACACGUCGUCACGAAGACACCUCCCUCCCUCCCUCCCUCACCUGGCGCCAACGCAGGUAGUUUCACCCUCAACGCCUUCUCGACACGCGACAUCAGCUCGUCAAACUCGCUCGGCUGGCCGACUUCCAAAUGCCGCACCAGCCUGAGGAACUUCUGCAGAGAGUCGGCCUCGCUGGACUGGCUGGUCAGAUAUCCCCUGAUGAUGUCGGUGCGCUCUCUGCCGAGGCAGUUCAGGUCGAUGGGUACCUCCGCCGACGUGCCAGCAGGCUCAGCGGCCAGCACGUCUUUGAGCAGGUCCACGAGAUGCUGACGGAGGGUGAUCGGCGUGAAGGCCGCCUCUGGCAAGCGAAGCGCUGACAAGGAAAGACAGUGAGACGCACGGUUGUGCUGUGCUGUGCUGUGCUCGUGUGUGUUAAUUCACACUCACCUGGUGCGGUGUGGUCGAGCCGUGUGAGCAUCAUAAUGAGUCGCUCCCGCCACUGGCCCCUCGAUGCGAGCAUCCCACAAUUGACGAGGGCGAUGGUGGCGCCAUAGCCCAGGCUGAGGAAGUCCUCAAUGACGGCCGCGAGGGCGUUGGGAUGGUCGCGUGGCAGCCCCUUGACAUUCUCUGAACACGCACAUGCACACACAACAUAGCCAGACACACAAUUCGAUGCGUGCCGUGCAUGUGUGCGUCGCUCGCUCACCGAGGACGAUGUAUGGGUUUUUGGUCAGCCGGAUGAUCUCUACCAGCUGGAAGAGGACUUCGCGCUUCUCACCGGCCCUGUCGUCGCGGAACCGCUCUGCGGUGGGCCGAGCGGUGCUGAAGCCCUGACACAUCGACGUAUUCACAUUGAUGUAUUCAGCACACAUGUGAGGAAAUGCCUGCCCGCUCACCUGGCAAGGCGUGCCCGCAUCCACUAUUCUGGCCUCCUUCAGGUGGCGAAGGACGUCACCGGCGACCUGCCGUCCUUGUGAAGGCAGCUCGCUGUCGUCCUCGCCCCACGUGGUCAACACGCCAGCCACGUCAGCGAGCGAGGCCAGGACGCAGUCGGGGCCAUUGGGGAAGCCGCGAUUGGUCCCAGGAGGUCCACUCAUGAGGUACUGCACACCCACACAGGCGCACAUUCAAAAGACAGUCCCCAGACGUGGACGGAUUGCUCCUUACCUUGAAGGCCUUGGCGCAUGGCUCGUCCUUCUCAACCCCCAGGACGUUCAGCUGCACGCCGCGCUCCUUCGCCUCCAUGUCAAUGCCCGCCGUCAGAAAGCCCGCGCUGCAGCAAUACGAUGCAGUCUUGACAGGGCCGCCCUCGCCUCCACCUCCACCCACGCCGCCCAUGGCCCGCUCGAUAACAGGGCACCUGUCGAGUGGCGCCUGCUUGGUGGCCCGGAUGAUCUCCAGGGGCACCCUGUCGAUCGUGUCGGCGACUUUCUCGGCCUCGCCGUCGUGGCGAAUGCGGCGCGCCCGCGCAAGGCGAUCUGCAUGCUCCUCUUGCAUGAGCCCCGGGCCUCCCGUCUCGAGUGAGAAUGGGGAGAUGAAGUGGCGACAGACGAGGUGGGUGGGCGGCCGAGAGUGCGGAGAGCCGGUGCUGAGUUGGUGCUCCAGGCGCUUCAUGACGCACAUGGUCUCGCUCGGACAUCGGCAGAAGGACAGCGGCACCUCCCAAAGUAUCUCCCAGGACACAGUGGGUGGGAAGGGGUUGGUGCCUCGCCUCGAGAGAAGGGAGGGCACGUCCACAUCCAUGUCGUCUGAUGCCGAGGGCACGCGCACGUCCUCCGAUGUCUGCCUGUGGGGGAGCCGGGCGAAGACGCUGAGGACCUUGCACCCCUUGUCGCCGAUGUCAUGACUCGGCAGGCUGAUGGGCACCUCCGUGAAGCCGAUGUGGGCCGUGAGGCUGAGGUAGUAGAGGACCUUGACGUGCGGCGACAAGACCGAGCACGGCUCGGCCAAGCAGGCGAAGCGCCGCUCAUUGCGGGACUCGCGGAGGGGCAGAAGCUCCACGACGGCGCCCUUGGGGAUCUCGCCUUCUGGGGCGUCCACAUUGAUCUCGCUCCUGUCGAGGUGGCAGCGAUAUGGGCAGCAGGGGUCGACCGAGGGGAAGAUGCGACGAAAGCACUCGGUGUGGAAGAAGCGCCCGCACGACUGCAUGCAGGCGAGAGAAAGACCAUUAUCCAUACAGGCAGGCAGGCAGGCAAGCAGUGAGGGAUUGCGUACGUACGCGUACCUGAUCGCUACAUGGAUGGAGUGGUUGGUUGGUACCCCCACAGAUGGUGCAGUACUCGCUAACUUCCCCGCCCCCCCACAUGUCCUUCCCCUUCUUCUUGAGCGCCUCAAAACACGUCUUGCACAGCACCACCUUGUCCGCCAGGACCCCAUCCAGCCACGCCAUCUGGACCGAUCUCCUCUUCUGCUGGCGCCCCUGCUGUGUGGCGAUGGGGAUGAACCUGGAGAGAAGAGGGUGGUCCACGACAUGAGCACGCUCAUCCACAGGCUUCUUGCAACGCCAGCAGCACCGCUCAUCGUGCUCGUCCGUCUCGUCCUGCGACUCAUCCCGUGAGUCGCAAAGCGGCUGCGAAUCGUCAUCGGGAGCCGCUUUGAGGCAGACGAGACGAUGUCCAGCCAGCCUCUCGAGGUCGCGGAGCGAUUUGAAGGUCAAGAUGAGCUUGCCGCCGACCCGAUAAAGGCCAAAGGGGCGGGACUGGGCUGGCGACUCUGCAUACACACCACACCACACCACACCACACCAGACCAUACACACGCGGAAUGGUGCAGCGGCUGAGUGUGUGGUCUGAGAUGUGCCUACGUUUUGUGUGUUCGUCGUUGAUCAUCCUUUCGAUCCUUUCGAUCGCACGACGCUCAUCCUUGAAGUCUGCGAAUAAGCGGCGAGACCGAGACCUGCAGGAAGGCACAAAACACACCAAGACAGACACACGUGUGUGUGUGUGUGUGUGUCUGUGAUGUGUGUAUGGGGAAUGUACAUCAGGCCGCCCGGCAUACGUAGACUCACUUGUGCACGGGUAAGGUGAGGUCGACACCCUCCUUGUUCACCAGCGACGUGUCGGGACAGCCCUACACAUUCACAACAAACAGGUCAACGACUAUUCUGCCUGCCUGCCUGCCUGCCUGCAUAUCCCUUUCUGUUACUCACCGCCCAUUUGACGACGUAUGUGUUGCCUUUCCUGUCACACAGGACGAGUCUGAUCUCCUGCAGCCACGACGAAAAUGCCAUGAAGAUGGCUGCAGGAGCUUUUCGAGUGGAUGGAUCGUCGAACCUCGAUCUCGUAGUGAGCCUGCCUCUCGGGCACCGUGGCCAACGGGUCCUCGUGGAGCCUCCUGAACCGCUCGAUGCGGUCGAUCAUGCGUAGCCGCUUCUUGUUGUCAUGCUCCAUCUCAGCCACCAGCUCGUAAGCAGGCGCCGCCUCAAGCUGCUGCAGCACCUCGCGCAACUGGUCACACACACACACAGAGAGAGAGAAACAAAUAUGGACAAAUGGCUCAUCGGUCGCAAUUAUGUGUGUUGUGGGUCUCUGACGUGGCCAAAGAAGGCAUCGUAGGUGUCAGGGCUGUCCAGCUGACCCGCCAUAUGAUGCAUGUGCCGGGGGAUGCCGAGCGCGUUGAGUUGUUCGUCCGUCGCGCUCGCCAGCAGCUGCCUGGCCGAGCGGACGUGGGAUGGCUCACUGAAGGCGGCUGCGGCUGCUGCUGGUGGUGCGUCUGCGAGGGCCCUCUGGUCCUCGUUGUAGAUGUCAUGCAGGCGCACCGUGUACAGAAGAGCCGCCAAACGCUCAGCAGCCUGGAACACAUCCACACACACACACACACACACAUAUGCAUAUGCCAACAAUGAUUGAGGGCGUGUUGGUACGUAUGUGAGAGAGUGGUCUGACCUCAAUUUCGGCCUCGUUGACCACCCGAAUCACCCUGAAGAAGGGUAUCUUUUUGGUACCAUACUCAUGGUACAACUCCUGCACCAGCACGGCCUGCAGACACACGGACACACACAGACGGCACAGAGCACUACAGGGAAUGCAGGCGGAGAGUGCUGAUCCGUGUCUAGUGCUCGCCUCGUCGGGUUGGAGGCUCGGCAGAAGGAUAAGUGUGCCCCCCAGCGACUGGACGACACACAAAUAACACCACACCCACAGCACAGACGUCAUGAAUGGAUGGUUGAUGGAUAGAAUCAGUGAGUCGUACCCUCUUUGGUGGCUGCAGCCUCCUUCUCCUCUUGGGCAGGCCAGGCUCCUCUUUGAUGACCACUCCCGGCGGCAAAAGCAUCCCACCACCGCCACCGCCACUAUCAUCAGCAGCAGCACCACCAGCGGCCGCAGCAGCAGCCGCUCCGCCAACAUCUGCACUGUCGUCUGGCCGCCCUGCGAUGUGCCGGCCCUCCCCUCUUCGCCCCUGCCGGCUCCUGACCUCACGGUCUCGACCAUCCACAAAUCCCAACCCCGUCGCCGAGUCAGCUUCUUGCCGAUUGCGCGAGGGAGCUCGACUUCGACUAGUGCCGGUGGAAGCCGCUGGCUGCUCGUGGCUGCCUGGCCGCUGGCUCGGUCGGCGGAUGCGACGGUCGGGGCUUCGAGACCGUCCCGCGUCAGCCCGUGGCUCGUCGCAAGGCUCGUCGACUCGUCGCUGGCGGUGACUCUUGGCAGUAGGCUUCUCCGCAGCGGGUGGCGCGUUGCGGCCUUCUGCACGGGCAACGCGAGGGGGAGAGGGAGAGGGCUCGGGUGACGGACUUGUAAGGUCUAUCGCGUCCUCAGCUGUUCGCCCUUGCUGUUGCUGUAGUGCCAUCCUCCGCAACUCCCCUGAUAGGCUAAGGCCUUCCUUGGUCAGCGGUAAGCGAUGACGGCUGAGAGACCGAUGCUAUGCUAUGGGAGAGUUCCAAUACGCUCUCAUGAUGUCAUUGAUGAUUGAUUGAUGAUUGAUCGAAC